UGUCUCCUCCGUCCGUGCAGCACUGACUGCAGAGGAUGAGCUCAGCUGACCGUCUGCCUGUUAUUAUGUCCGCGAACAGGCGCCGCCAACACCCAAACUCAGUGCGGCAAAACAGGCGAGUGGCGCUCAGCUCAGCAUCGUCCCUAAUGAACGAGUGCGCAGGAAGAAACAUGAGUCACGAAUGAGGUCUGCAGGAUGUCUUUUAAGAAGGAAACACCCCUGGCUAAUGCUGUGUUUUGGGCAGCGAGGAAAGGGAACCUGGCUCUACUUCAGCUGCUGCUCAACAGUGGGCGCGUGGACGCAGACUGCAGAGACAGUGUACGGCUGCUGCAUGUCCUGGCUGCUCAGCUGCACGCUUUAACCAUAACCCACCUGUGGUAGGGAGACAGAGAGCUUCAAGCCUUACCUCUGUGGUUGCAUGUGUGUGCUGAGUACCACCCUUUUAUUUUUCUCAUCAUAAUUAAGGUACGGAACCACAGCGCUGAUGGUGGCGUCCUACAGCGGCCAUUAUGAUUGUGUCAAAGAGCUUAUCAUGCAAGGAGCCGACAUCAACUACCAGAGAGAGACAGGUUCCACUGCCCUGUUCUUCGCCUCCCAGCAUGGAUACAAUGAAAUUGUGAAGCUCCUCUUUGAAUUUGGUGCCUCUACUGAGUUCCAGACAAAGGACGGCGGCACAGCUCUCACAGUCGCUUCCCAGUACGGACACUCCAAGGUGGUGGACACCCUGUUGAAGAAUGGAGCCAAUGUUCACGACCAGCUGAAUGUGAGCCAAGUCUUCUGUCCCCUCUCACUGGCAGUACCUCUGUCUGUCAGGAACAUGAUGGAUGGUGCCACCGCUCUGUUUCUGGCUGCCCAGGAGGGUCAUGUGAAUGUGAUUCGUCAGCUGUUGUCAUCCGGUGCCAAGGUUAACCAAGCGAGGGAGGAUGGCACUGCCGCCUUGUGGAUGGCAGCUCAGAUGGGUCACAGUGAGGUGGUGAGGGUGCUGCUCUUACGUGGUGCUGAUCGAGAUGCUGACAGACAAGAUGGAUCAACAGCAUUAUUCAAAGCCGCGUAUAAGGGACACAACAGCGUCAUCGAGGAACUUCUCAAGUUUUCUCCUUCAGUUGGACUUCUCAAGAAUGGCUCCACUGCCCUACAUGCUGCUGUUAUGGGUGGAAAUCUUCGAUCUGUUUUGCUGCUGCUGGAGGCCAACGCAGACCCCACUCAACCCAACAAGAAUAAUGAACUCCCUGCAGAUCUAACAAAGAACGAUCGCAUCCUAAAGUUGUUAAAUCCAAAAAUGUUAAAUGGAGACAGCUGAUGACCGACCUGACUGCUGCCUUCCUGCCUGCCUGUACCACACCGGUGAUGUGUACCGAGGGGAAACUAAAACAAACAAUACAGUGUCAAAUCUACUCAACUACAAUAUGUACUGUACAUGGUGCUUGCUUUUGAUUGCAACUGAAACGAAGCUGUCAUAUGUUGAAUAAAACCUGGACAAAAUCUAGAGCUACACAACGUGCAACCAAAAUGCAUCUGUCUGCCAUGUGCAUCAUCUCCUUUACUCUGUUGUUCUACAGUUUAUGCAUUUAUUUUUGUUUACCCCAGGUGUUGUAAGAUUUCUAGAUAUUUUGCACACUUUUUAUUUGCCUUUUUAAUAGAUGUAAUAAAGUGUAAAUUUGUUAUUCAAUCCUUAA